GCUCAAUGGCGUCGGCAGUGCGGAAGCUGGAAGAUUUGGAUGUUUUUUACACGCAUGCUGCAGCUGAACGACACGGUGGAGCCGGAGAGUCCGGGCGCUGCGAUCCUCCACCCGGCAGACACCGAGGAGGGGGUCGAGGUCGCCUUCACGCCGCCGGAGGCCGCACGGAGCCUCGGACACGGAGCCUGCUGCCCUCCGCUGCAGACGCUGACGCCUUUCCAUGUGCACAACCCCACCAUGCAAGCGAAAGUGAAGGACUAUUUCGUGUUCAGGCCAGGUACCAUCGAGCAGGCUGUGAGCGACAUCAGGACUGUGGCACUCCCUUCUGAGGAUGGAGAGGUGCUCAGCGUCUGGCUGCUAGCUGAAGUCGACCACUGGAACAAUGAGAAGGAGAGACUUGUGCUCAUAACUGACAGGUCGCUGCUGGUGUGCAAGUACGACUUCAUCAACCUGUUGUGUCAGCAGGUCGUCAGGAUCUCUCUCAACGCCGUGGACACCAUCUCCGUGGGAGAGUUUGAGUUCCCACCCAAAUCCCUUAACAAGAGAGAAGGCUACGGGAUCCGCGUCCAGUGGGACAAACGUCCUCGGGCCUCGUUCAUAAACCGCUGGAACCCCUGGUCGACAGACAUGCCCUACUCCACCCUCACAGAGCACCCCAUGGCCCACGCUGAUGAGAAGGUGGCCUCUCUCUGCCAGAUGGACAACUUCCGGACCCAGCUGGUGCAGGCGGUGAAGAAAGCCCACAAGGAGCACCCCAUCCCCGGCCGGGCCAACGGUGUCCUGAUCCUGGAGAGACCUCUUCUCAUCGAGACCUAUCUGGGCAUCAUGUCCUUCAUCAACAACGAGGCCAAGCUGGGCUACUCCAUAACUCGAGGCAAGAUCGGCUUCUAAAGUCCACCGUUUCUCUCUACAUUACAACAACCCAUGUGUCUGUGUUACACUGCGCUGUCUGAGAGGACGCCGUCGCUCCACGACAGUGUGAUGCGCAAUCUGUGUGUGUGUAAGUUGAGCCCGUGAGAUGUCCACACCUCCUUAAAGCUGGUGAUACAGACAAGUGGUCAGCCUACUGUAGGUGAAUGAUGCGCAGCACUGCAUGGACUGUCUUUGUUUUUUGCUUUUAGCGUCCUCAGUACCUUCCCUUCAAAGAGCUGCUCGCAGAUCUGCCAUACCCACGUGGGCCUGCAGUGGGGGAGUGUGUGCCCAAUGUGACAUAAGUUGGUAAGAAAGGACACAGCACUUAACAUCAGCUCAUCACCUCUGUACUUCUUCUAGAUCGAGCUUCUUGUAGUCUCAGGCCCUGAUCAGAUGGAGCGCGUUUUGCAGGUGGAAAACGCAAGGGCACUGCACUGCCUUUUCGUUGCCCGCUCAAAGUGAUUUUGCAGUUUGCUGCAUCUUUUUUAUUUUAUAUGUUGCUAGGCAACCACCAAAUGAGUGCUAACAUGAACUGUACACGACCCAAAUAGUUAAUAGUAAGUAGGUAAUAGUACAGUUUAAAUGAAUGAAAACAACUUACUCGAAAUCUAAAGUACCACACUAGGGAUGCACCGAUGCCACUUUUUUCAGACCAAGUACAAGUACUUACAUUUGGGUACUCACCGA